AUGGACUUUUGCUUUUUCCUUAUUGGAUUCAAGGAAUUCAACAAACAAUUACCAGAUGUAGGCAACAUUGCUUGUUACUGUGGACGUUGUCACAAUCAAAGUGCUCACGCUAUACGUACAAUCAACACAGUCACGUUGUUUUUCAUUCCUGUGCUCCCAUUUUAUUACUCCAAGAGGUUAAAAUGCGGUAUAUGUGGUAAUACUGGAGAUUUGGAUAAACAAGCUAUUGACCAUUUGAAGAAAGGGCAGCCCGUAGCGAUAGGUGGAUAG